UUGAAUCUGCCAACCUGGCUCUGGAGGUGCGCGGUACCCCGCUAACCCCGCUAGCUGCGAAGCUUAAAGAGCGUAUCCAUUCAUGGACAUUACCCGUUUAGGUAAUAUACUUAGGUACAAGGAUACGUCACUUCAAAAGCCACACGCGACUCGACCCAUACAUUUUUCCAAAUAUCAAUUUAGACCGUUUGACGCGACUCCACUUUCCAAACUCGACGCGCCUGGAUUAAAUGUUAAUAUGCAACUCCCGAUCCAGAGCCACUAAUCAACCUUACGUUAACAAUACACAUCUCGCUACAAUGCCUUGCUGCCGUUGAUAGCACUCGAAGACCGCUGAAAACCCGAAGAGAUGACAGAGUCCUCUCCAGCGCCAGAUAGGCCAUUCGACCCGUCUAAACCUUUUGAAGGCCUGGUACUCUGCUGUACCAGUAUCGAGGCCGACCUGCGCACCGAGAUUGCGCAACGAACAGCGGAUCUGGGCGGCAUUCACAAGUACGACCUCACGCCGGAUGUCACCCACCUAAUCGUCGGAGACUACGACACAGCAAAGUAUCGCCAUGUCGCAAGGGAGAGGCCCGAUAUUAAGCCAAUGGCUGCUGGUUGGGUUGACGCAGUGCGGGCGUUAUGGCUAGAGGACAAAGAAUUCGAUUUCGCUGCGCUGGAAAAUACCUGGAGGCUGAAGACGUUUGAAAAAGGUGGCGGUAUCCCUAACAGCCCGUUCGUCGAACGAAGAGAGAGGAUGAGGUUAAUAUGUUGUUUGACCGGCUUCGAGAACAAUGAAUUACGCUCUACGAUUGAGAGAAUGGUUAAAGCGAACGGUGGCGAAUACCUCGGCGAUCUCUCCAGAGCCGUCACCCAUCUCAUCGUAAACAAACCCGAAGGGAAGAAAUAUAUUGCUGCACGGAAGUGGCGGAUAAGGACCGUCUCUAUCGAGUGGCUACACGACAGUAUCGAGCGAGGUAUGAUCCUCAACGAGGAGUGUUACGAUCCGACGUUGCCUGCCGAAGAACGAGGAAAAGGAGCAUGGAUAAAGAGAGACCUAAAGCGGGGUGCUUCCCUCGGCAAGAGGUUGCGCGAUGGUGUGGCUGGCCCUUCGGCCGACGAAGGCCGGAGGAAAUUAAGGAAAACUGCAAGCAUGAAACUAACCAGCCAGAAAGACAACCCUUGGGGUGAUAUUCUUGUCAACCAAUCGUCGACCGACCUAUCCAGAUCAAUGAUUACUACUAGUGCUGAUGAGACAGCUACUAGCGUACCCCUUAACUCGCACUCAGCAGACUUCAACACACCUGGUGUUGAGGUUCCGCAGCUCGCACAGCCGAAUCACGUCAAACAGGUUGACGCCGGCGUCUUUUUCUCAUGCCGCUUCUUCGUCCAUGGUUUUCCUCAGAACAAGCAGGAAAUUCUGAGUCAUCAUAUCUUGUCUCACGACGGGCAAGUAUCGCGGUCUAUCGAAGACGCCGCCUCGCCUAGCCAUGGCGAAUCAUUAGAUCGGCGCUAUCUCAUUGUCCCCCAGACGUCUCAGCCUGAUUCUCAUCCUGAGCUUCCGGAAGGAAUGCACAUCGUCACCGAAUUCUACAUUGAACGAUGUGUUCAUAACAAAACCCUCUACAAGCCAAAUGAGCAUGUACUAGGGCAACCAUUUCCCCGGUUUCCUAUCGAAGGGUUUCGUGGCUUAACAAUAUGCACAGCUGGUUUUAGGAAUGAGCAGUUGAAUCAAGUAGAAAAGGCCAUUACCCAGGUUGGCGCGAAAUAUUCCGAGCGACUAAAUCCACAGUGUUCAUUACUGGUCUGUCCUUCUCUAGACGCAGUUAGGAAGCAGAAACUGGAUUUUGCCAUAAUUUCGAAGAUACCGAUUGUCAGUGCCGAUUGGUUAUGGCAGUGUAUAACGACGGGUUGCCUUGUGCCGUGGGAGGAUUCUCUAUUCAAAGAACUCACCCAGCAGGUGUCUGUACCACGGGAGGCCCCCAAGAACAAGGAAAAGGGUACAGUUACAAGCUCAAAAACAGAGCGCGUUCACAAGAAAAUCCCUAAUGCGCGACCAUCAGCACCAACGUCUGCAUCAACAAUGAAACAUGGAAUCGAUAUGACCGCAUUCGAUGACGAUACUCCCAUGCUCCAAGAUACGGAUGUGCAAGAGCAGGAAACCAACGAGACCAACUAUGAGACAGCUCUUACUCAUCAAACGGAGGACAUCAACACGGAGCCCACAACAAUCCCUGAACCACUAUCGGAAAUAACAUCGAAUGCCCUGAACAAGUCCCCAUCUCCACAGAAAGUAUCUCCGCAGAAGACAACUCCUACGCCGCGAAAGUUUAAACGUGUCCCGACGGGAGGCGAAGUAGGAGACUCUGAAGGCGGUGACGAUUCCGACACACCCAUUUUCCCAUUAGAAGAGAAAGAUAUCUCUGUGGGAAAGGAGGAGGAGGAGGAGGAGAAGGAAGAGCAAAGGCGGCAGACUGAACGAGCCAAGGCGGCAGAACGCGAAGAAAUGUCGAAACGAUUGAAUUCUCUCGUGUCUCGCGAUGGGUUAGCUCCAGAAGCCGAUAACUUAAAGCCGCAACCAGCCCCAGCGCAACAACGUCGAAAGCGCAAGAUCCUCGGCCGUGCAGCAAGUAAUGUCUCGGCGACAUCAAGUGCGAGCGCGGAAUCAUUUAGCCACGCGAGCAGUUUCAAGUCUAAUUCUAGGAGAACGGAAUCCAUAGCACCUCGCCUAGACUCAGCGCAGACCACGGCGGGUGCUUUUGGGCUUCUAGGUAAGAUGAUGAUGGAACAAAACGACGAUGGUAAUCAUACAAGGGACGGUGAUAGCCCGCCGCGCGCUACGCAGCUCGCAUACGACAAGUCCGAGUCCCUGCAACAUCGUGCCGCUGUUGUAGGUCGUAUCAGCAAGCAGGAUAGCCUAGAGAAUGACAAGCCAAAGGAAAAAGUAUCUUUAGCAAGCUUAAAGAAUGAGGCAGGGUUAAGUGGUAAUACGCAAAGGUCUUCGACGAGAAGAAGUGCAAAACGACGAUGAUCUUGUAUAUACUUGAUGAUUCAGGCAUGAAAUGAAUGAUGUGUAAAGUCAAGCAUAUUGAAUAGUAUUCAGCAAGUGUUUAGAUGUCUACUAGGUGAAUAGGCCAAGCGAAGGUUCGGUAACUCGGGCUUAUUUGAAAUAUAUUGCUUGACUAUCGGGUAUCGAUUGUAUCCUACAAGUAAUCUCUUUGCUUUCCUGAUUCCCAGCAUCACUCAUAGACUACAAUAAUCUACCAUUAAAUCGGAAGGCUACCUAGAGGACAGCCCGAGAGAAGAUGAUCCCGGUUCCGUCCAAAUCGAAAGGAGGACAUGUGAUACCCCCAGAGCUCAACUAGCGAACUGGC